AUGUCGACCCCGACAACGGCUACUGCGACAUUGCCUCCUCACUCGCAUUAUCAUCAUCCCCAUUAUCCCUACAACCACCAGCCGUACCAGGCCUCUACUGCUACAGGCUCCUCGUACCGUCAGCCCGCGAACCCAAUCCUCUCCACUUCGUCCUCGACGGCGACGACGAGAUUGCCUCCCUCGUACGCCAACUCGUCGAGCAUCGCUUACUCUACCACUUCCACUGCCAGUCACGCCGGUCCAAAUGGCCUAGGCCCUUCAGCCUCGUCAGCCACUUCGAGGACCAUCCACGACGCUUCGAGUCCCGACGCGAACUACUCCAUCACCACAAUGCCUACCAACUCACACUCCCAGUCUUCCCAGUCGGGUCGUAAGCGAAGGCGCUCAAAGGAGCCCGACUGGAACAAGUUUUACAAAAAUGGCCUCCCCAAGGAAAUCAUCGUCAUCGAUGACACCCCCGAACCAGAGCAGGGCAAGGCCGUCGGCAAUGGCGUAAGGAUCGUGUCCAACGGCAACGGCAUCACCACCAAUGGUACCAGCAGCCGUCCUGUUCCCAAGAAGCGGAAAAGAGAUGACGAGCCUCAGCCGUACGACCCCGUCUACCAUAACAGCAAGUACGCCGGCUCUCACACAACCACUCCCCAUCACAACGGCACCCCUAGCGGAUCUACUAUCUCCACCGACCGAACAACGAACUCGGCCAUCCAUACUACCGCUGCUACGUCCCUUUCAUCGAACGGGCAGGAAUAUUACGACGUGCAGCCCGGUCAAAAAAGGAAGAGAACUCGUCAGCAGAUCGCCCAAGAGGCGAAGAAGAGAGAGGUCGAAGGCCUUGGCGAUCCAUUCGUCAGCUAUAAGCCUCCUCCCUACCCUCCCAAGAAAGCCUCCGACGUGCACGUUCGAGUGGUCCAGGAUAAUGGCUACAACAAGAAUGCCAAAGUCGACGAUGACGACGGGCAUUACAUCGUUGUCCCCGAUGCCGACCUGACAAAAGAGUACCAAAUGGUCAAACUUCUUGGACAGGGAACUUUCGGCAAGGUCGUCCAGGCUCGAGACCGACGGAGGAACAAGUCGGUUGCAAUCAAGAUCAUCCGAUCGGUGCAAAAGUACCGAGAUGCAUCCCGAAUCGAGCUUCGAGUCCUGGCCACGUUGAAGGAGAAUGACAAUGAGAACCGCAAUCGUUGUAUUCACCUGCGAGACUGUUUCGACUACCGCGGCCAUAUCUGCAUUGUCAUGGACCUCCUUGGACAGAGCGUCUUUGAUUUCUUGAAAAGCAACAGCUUUGUCCCUUUCCCCAACAGUCAGAUUCAAAGUUUUGCCCGCCAGCUCUUUACCAGUGUCGCCUUUCUCCACGAUCUGAAUCUCAUUCACACUGACCUGAAGCCCGAAAACAUUCUUCUGUGCGAUAGUGCAUACCAAACAUUUACCUACAACCGGAAGAUACCCUCUUCCUCCACGACCGUGAACCGCCAGGCCAACCAACGCAGAGUUCUCCUGGAUACCGAGAUUCGACUCAUCGACUUCGGCUCCGCCACCUUUCAGGACGAAUACCAUAGCUCAGUUGUGUCUACUCGCCAUUACCGGGCACCAGAGAUCAUUCUAGGCCUCGGAUGGUCCUUUCCUUGCGACAUUUGGAGCAUCGGAUGUAUCCUAGUCGAGUUCUUCACCGGUGACGCCCUGUUUCAAACUCACGACAACCUCGAACACCUUGCGAUGAUGGAGAUGGUCGUUGGUCAGAGGAUAGACUCCAGCCUUGUGCAAGCUGUCAACAAAAUGGCCACCAGAAGUGGCGGAAACCCGGCCUCCAAGUACUUCAAGCGAUUGAAGCUCGAUUACCCCACCCCGGAGACGACGCGGGCUUCUAAGAGAUUCGUCAAGGCAAUGAGACGCCUGGAGGACAUUAUCCCCUCGAACACGACCUACUUCAAAAACUUUUUGGACCUUCUCCGGAAGAUCUUCGUCUACGAUCCCCAGCACCGCAUUACGGCGAAGCAGGCAUUGCAGCAUCCUUGGUUCAAGGAACCCGCGACACCGGACGAUGGUACCGAAGCCGCCAAGAUUCGCUUGGAACGAAUGAGACAGGAGCAGGACCACCGGUACCACGCAUGA